UCUUUGUCUUCUUAAAGAUUUCAAAACUUGAAUCCACAAACUCACAAUUCUUAUACAAGAGGAAUCAAUUCAUUUUUCAGCACACAUUGAUCAAUCAACCCAAGCUCUUGAUCCCUUUCCUCUACAACAAUCGCCAUGGCACUCAGACCCAUUGGUAACGCUCUUCCAACUACCCCAGAUAGACCCAAAAAACACCCCAAAAUCGCUGUUGCUGCUGCAACCCUAAAGCAACAACAAACCCCUGCUGUCAAUGACGAAAACCUAGUUCCGCCGCCGCCAUCCGGGGAUGCCACCAUUGACUAUGUUUCCUCUGAGAAUCUUAUACCCAUUUCCGACCCUGAAGCUAAGAUUCAAAGUUUGAUUGAAGAUUUGGAUUCGAAAAAUUGGAUCAAGGUCUGUGAGGCACUGAAUGAUGUUAGGCGAUUUGCAUUGUAUCACUCUGCGGUUCUAUUCCCCAUCUUGGGAAAAAUUAUGUUGGUGGUGACCAAGACAAUGAAGAAUCCUCGCAGUGCUUUGUGCAAAACCUCUAUUAUGGCUGCUUCUGAUGUUUUCAAUGCCUUUGGUGAUAAAUUGCUUGAUCCAUCUACCUCUGAUGCAUUUGAUGGCUUGGUGCUGCAGCUGCUGUUGAAAGCAUCUCAGGAUAAAAGGUUUGUUUGUGAAGAAGCUGAGAGGGCACUUGUGUCAAUGGUGGCUUCCAUGACCCCUCUUCCCUUGCUUAAGAAACUAAAGGGAUGUGUGAGUCACACUAACCUCAGGAUCAGGGCUAAGGCUGCUGUUUCUCUCUCCAAUUGUGUUUCCAAGAUGGGUGUUGAAGAAAUGGAGGAGUUUGGGAUGGGUGAGAUGAUUGAAGUGGCUGCGGAUUUAGUGAAUGAUAGGCUUCCAGAGGCAAGAGAUGCUGCAAGAAGUGUUGCAACUACAGUGUAUGAGGCACUCACAAAGGAUGCUGAAGUGGAACAGAAGAUGGAGGUGUGGCAGAGCUUCUGCCAAUCCAAGCUACAGCCAAUUCAUGCUCUUUCAAUUUUGAAGAUUGUUAAAGCUUAGAAUUGGAGGAGAGAAAUCCAGUGUAUGAGGCACUCACAAAGGAUGCUGAAGUGGAACAGGAGAUGGAGGUGUGGCAGAGCUUCUGCCAAUUUAAGCUCUUUCAAUUUUGAAGAUUGUUGAAGCUUAGAAUUGGAGGGGAGAAAUUUAGCUUUAUUUGUAAGAAAUGCUCAUGGCUCUUCAUGAGUAACAAAUAGCAAUGUUGAAAUUACAUUCCAUUCGGUGUUUGAUGUAGUAGUGUUUGAUGUAGUAAUAUUGCUUUUUAAUUUUCAUUCAGGCAGCAUAAUUGGUCCCUCAUUGAAUCA